AUGAGCCAGCACAUUUCCCCAAACGAGGCGUGCUGGGGGAACAAGGGCCAGGACACGAGACUGACUGCGUUUGCCCUCCUACUUUACUUCUGCUGUGGAAGAAAUUUAAGCAAGAACAUGUAUAGUGAAUUGCUCAAUUCAACCAGUGCCACUGAAGCUCACCUAAUGAUUCAGACCAACACGCCCUACCUGAGCAGCACUCCGAGACCCGUGAGCUCCUCUGCUCUUUACUUGUCGACAGCCAGGGUGUUAAAAGAAGGAGAAAUAAAUAAGCCAGACCUGGUGACUUACAUAAUUCUGUUUUUUUUCCUGUUCUUGACUGUGACAUUCAUUGUGUUCUUCAUAAACUGCCAGCUGAAAAAUUCUUUCUUUGCUACUCUUCCUUAUGACAGAUCACUCAGGGAGGCAAGGAACCCGUGGAGGACACAAGCUGUCUGA